AUGAUCGCAUUGGUGUGCGAAGUGAUCCAGUUCCUCUGGACACUGACGCUGUUCGUGGGCGAGAUCGUCUUCCUCGCGCUCGUCGACUCGAAGGGGCUCACAGACCAAUCCUGCAAGCGCACGCACUACGACCGCGCCCUCAUCUUCUCCAUCAUCGUCCUCUUCCCCAUCCUUUUCUUCAACGUCUCCUCGAUCCGGUACCGAUGGCACAUGAAGUCCGGCGCCGCCUCCGGCCUCGCAGUGGACCUCCUCUUCUUCCCCCUCGACACGAUCAAGACACGGAUCCAGUCCCCCGGUGGAUUCCUGGCGUCUGGUGGUUUCCGGGGGAUUUAUCGCGGUGUCGGGUCUGUCGGGGCUGGAUCUGCGCCCGGGGCAGCAGCCUUCUUCGUCACGUACGAGGCGUUGAAGAAGACAUUGAGGGGGAGGGUCGAGGGGAGGGGCAUGGUGCAUAUGCUUGCUGCGAGUGGGGGAGAAUUUGUCUCGUGUCUGAUCCGCGUGCCGACCGAGGUCGUGAAGCAACGCACCCAGUCGGGGCUGUACGGCGCGUCCUCUUACGCGACGGCGCUCACGACGCUGCGCACAGAGGGAAUAAGGGGUUUCUACAGGGGUUUCGGCAUCACGAUUGCGCGCGAGAUCCCGUUCUCGUGCAUCCAGUUCCCGCUCUACGAGUGGCUGAAAGCCAACCUCUUCGGCACCCCGAAUUCGAUCCAGGCUGCGCUCUGCGGCGCCCUUGCCGGCGGCACGGCCGCGGCGCUCACCACGCCCCUCGACGUCGUCAAGACGCGCGUCAUGCUCGAGAACCAGGGCUCGGGGCGGAGUGCGUCGGUGCUGUCCUUCCCUGGAAGACUGGUCAGCAUUGCGAAGAAUGAGGGCGUCGCGAGGCUGUUCUCCGGUUGGGUGCCCCGCACAGUCAUGAUUGGCGCGGGCGGCGCGGUGUUCCUCGGCAUCUACGAUUUCUGCAUCCAUCUCGGCGUACCCGGGGCGCCGGGCGUGCCGCGAAGCACGGAGGAGGUGAACUAG